AUGCGAACAAGCCUGACCUCUAAAAUCCUACAAGGCAUCGCCGUGGGCACAGCGAGCAGCAUCGGCGCAUUUUUCGUGUGGACAAAACACUGCAAGAUCGCCCAGCUCGAGCCCAACAGUGACCCCUUAUUUGCCAAUCAAUGGUACAAGAAACUCAACGCCAACGCCAACCCGACACUGCACGAUGAGUGUGUGAGGAGACUGCCCCUGUUUAAGCUCAGGCCUGAGCUGGUCGAAGAUGCCAAUAAGGGCGGGAGCAAGCUCGUUGAAGCGCUGAGCCAGGGGGUUUGGGGUGGUCAUGGAUACACCAUCCAACGACUAUAUCUACAAAACAAAUACCGCAACGACACAACGACAGCACACCAACUAUGGGACCGACCGGCCCUUCUCAACUCGUCAUACGACAGCGGUACCGAGAUCACGGACCACUUCGUAGUGGUCGACAAGACACCGACGUCGAUACUGAUCCGGUGCGGCGAUUCACCGCUCAACUCACCGGACGGGCAACGGCUGUCGGACGGAUUGUUUGAGAUCACGGCCACGACCGACUUCGAUCGCGGCUUCGCUGAGUUUCGCCUCAAGAGCAUCUUCUUCCAGGGCGAGGGCACCGUCGAGGAUAAGUCGAAGCCUGUGAUGCCCGCGCAUAUGGUGUGGGCGCAUCAGCAGUAUGCAAAACUAUGGAUGGAGAGUGCUAUGAGUCAGAUCAAACGAUAG